AUGUUCUGUCUCAGAAGCUGGCUGCCUCUCCUUUUCAUCCCUACCAACGCCAGCCCCCUAUUUAUCCUAUCCUUCAUCACCCUCACCUACCUUCUCCACAGGCCAUGCAUCUACUGUUCCGCCCUACUUCUGAUCCUCUUCCUCUCCUCAUGCCACUGGUCGGAUCGUUGCUUCUUUGACUUUCGAGGUGAUUGGUUUGCUCCCCGCUUCGCUGCCCCGGCUUCCCCAUUGCAGACAGCCCCAGACCAUGCGGCUCCUGUGCUAGCCGAAUAUGUGCUGGAGACGGUUAACACGACGGCUAUGGCGUUAGCUGGCGCUGCAAUCGAUGAAAUGAAGAAACAGUUAUCUUUUAAUGGCACCCUGGUGGACAAGGCGCACCUUGAAUGGACGGGAAUGGGUCUGGAAUGGUUACGAAGCCUUCUCGGGCGGAGAGAAUGGACCUUACCAUGCGUUGAGGUCAAGAUCAGGCUUUGA